AUGCAAUGUUAUGUUUAUGCAGAUAAUGAAACUGAACAGGAACUUUCUUUCAAAGGAGAUUCCAAUUGGCUUGGUAACACUUGUUUAUUAGGUCUUGAUAGUGCUGAUGAUGAAUCUAUAGAUGAACUGAUACGUAGUAGAUUGGAGAAGGACAAGAUAAAGGAGAAUCUGAAAAGAAGUGAAUAUGAUGCAGAGGAAGACUGCUACGAGCAAGAAAUCAAUUUACCUGUGAGGUCUACUUUAUUUCCUCACAAGUACAAUCCAUCUAUUAUUUGUGAGGACAACCCAAAAGAUUAUGUUGAAAAACAAAAAGAUGGGAAAGAAUCUCCAGAUAAAUCUACCAAUAUCAAAGGAUCCAUGUUUACAAAAGAAUGGUCCACAGUUUGGCAAACAAUUCCUACUCAAAUUCUUUACAAUUUGAAAGGAUUUUGUGAUCAGCUUAAGGAAAAAUCUAAUGGUUUCCAUGAAUGGAGUUCCAACCUUUUGAAAUCUUUCUCAGAUCUAUUAGGAUUGACUUUCCGGAAAGGUAGACACAUUAAUAAAAGUUUGUGUCAGGAUGAAAAAAGAGCUGAGACACCAUCUACCCAAGAAACUAAGAAGAAUCCUACACAAUCAUUUAACAAAACUGGAUGGCGUACUGGUAUACUAGUACUGAUAUUGCUGAUUUUUUGUGCUGGAUCAUUAAGUGCAACUGCUACAGGGUUAGAUGUUAGACCGAUAACUAAAGUAGCCCUAGAGGAAAGGAUUGUACUGCAAUGUAAAAAAGCAAAUGAUGGAGGAACAAAGUGGAUUGGAGGACCAAAAAAUGAGCUUUUGACGUUCGGAAAGACUAUUGAACAAAACUAUUUUAGUCUCAUAGACACAAAUGAGAAUUACAAUCUUGUUAUAAAAAAUGCUACAUGGGAGUUAAUUAACUCUACCUACACAUGUCAUGUCGGUUUUAUACAAGAAUCAACAAAGAGGCUCUCUGAAUAUGGAUAUGAAGUUAUACCAAAGCUUGAGUCAUUAACCGUAAUGCAAUCCAAAAAAUCUGAAUGCUUAAAUGAGACUAUUGAGUUCAAGAAAGUAAACCCAUUGCCUAACUGUACCACCAGUUUAGAUGGAGAAGUAACAUAUUCACAUAAGCAGUGGUAUGGGUAUUACUAUGCUGUGACAGUAGGUCUUGUGGUGAAGAAUUGUGAUGGAUGCAAUGGCACAAUACAUUGCUAUGUAGGGAACAAAGUUCUAAACAUAACUUUUGAACAAGAUAGGCAAGCUGAGACCUUCCCCUUAGGUAAAGAGUCAGAUUCACAGACAGGCCUUAUUGUUGGUUUGGGAGUAGGUGUAACGGCAGCAGUAGUCAUUGUAGGAGUUAUAAUUGCAAUACUGUAUAAGCGUGGUAUCUGCAGAGAAAAGUCUAAAGGACAAAAAGGAAAACAAGAUGAAACAGAUUUUGAUGGAGUAAUCUACAAAGGAAUUAACCGAGGAGAAACUACAGAAAGUAUGGAAAUGGUUUAGAAACGAGCAGUUAUAUGUUUAAAAUAAUUGUAUAGAUCUACAUGAAACUACAUUGCUUAUUAGUAUCAGAUAGUUUAUAAAACAAGUUUUUUGUAAAAAAAAAAGUCUUCUUCCUCGUAAACAAGUAUUUCUGUAGCUAAAUUGUUUUAUAUAAGCCAUUCCACUUUCUUCCUUCCUUAUUUGUAUCAUGUGCAUGUAUGUUCACAAAAAUGGUUUCAAUGAUCC